AUGUCUUCCUUCCUUCGCGCCGACGUUUACGUGUCGUCUCGUCUGCCGGUUGCGACGCCAAGACGCGGAGACCCUGGCGGCUGGUCACCUAUCUCAUGCACGUUAAUACAAGGCGACUCUAAAGCCGUUCUGGUUGACACACCGAUUUCCAUCGCGCAGACGGAAGACCUGGUUCGCUGGAUCAAAGAAACAGCCCCAGGUAAAGAUCUUCAGUAUAUCUAUAUCACCCAUGGCCAUGGCGACCACUGGUUUGGAAUUACAGUAUUGCGAAAGUUCUGGCCGAAUGUGCGUGCCAUAGCCACCCCUGGCACCGUCGUGCAUAUGAAACGGGAGCUGGAUCCUGCGACAUUUGAAGGAUUCUGGCUCAAGAACUUUCCGGGUGACCAGAUCGCCCAACCCGUCACUUUGGCUGAGCCAAUGGAGUCAAACACGUUUCGCCUCGAGGACCACGAUUUUCAUGCCAUCGACGUUGGCCAUACCGAUACCUAUAACUCAACUGUGCUCCAUGUUCCCAGCCUACAUCUUGUUGUGGCUGGAGACGUUGUGUAUGGAGAUGUGCAUCAGUUUUUCGGUGAGGCAAAAACGACUGAGAGGAGGAAAGAAUGGCUUCGGGCCCUCGAUACUAUUGAAGCCCUAGAACCGCAUACUGUUGUUGCAGGCCAUAAGCGAGCCGGUACAGUCGAUGGGAUAUUCAACCUGAGAUCGACCAGAGAGUAUAUUCUGACGUUUGAGGACGCAGUUAAAACGUCUUCAAACUGGGAGGAGCUGUGGGAGAAGAUGAAGACGUUGUAUCCGGGGCGAAUCAAUACAAAUGCCAUCAUGCAUGGAGCCAUAGCAGCGUUUAGCUAG